AUGGCUUCUUCUAAUGCAUAUACAAACUCAAAUGUUUACACUAAAAUGGCAAGAAGAGAGAGGAUUCACUGUGCUUUGAACUCUCCUUCUGUGCUUACUUUCCCAAAACAACCCUUUCAUACAGAUGAAAUUACAACGCCGAAGAAGACAACAACCCAGCCGCCGCUGGAGCCUCAGUGGAAUAUAUUACAGAAAGCAGCGGCGAAGGCUUUAGACGCUGUGGAAGCUGCCUUGGUGUCACGCGAGCUACAGCAUCCACUUCCUAAGACUGCUGACCCGCGUGUUCAAAUCGCCGGAAAUUUUGCUCCGGUAGAUGAACACCAUGUGAAACAUGAACUUACCGUCACUGGAAAAAUCCCGGAAUGCAUAAAUGGAGUUUAUGUGCGAAACGGUGCCAACCCUUUGCAUGAACCAGUCGCCGGCCACCACCUUUUCGACGGCGACGGCAUGAUACAUGCAGUGACCAUUCACGGUAGCAACUCAGUGAGUUACGCUUGCCGAUUUACAGAAACACGAAGGCUGACUCAAGAACGUGAAUUAGGCCGGCCAGUGUUCCCAAAAGCCAUCGGAGAACUUCACGGCCACUCCGGUAUCGGGCGGCUUCUUCUCUUCUACGCUCGAGGCCUAUUCGGGCUAGUUGAUCAUAGCCACGGCACAGGAGUAGCUAACGCCGGUUUAGUUUACUUCAAUAAGAGACUCUUAGCCAUGUCUGAAGAUGAUCUCCCCUAUCAAGUGCGUAUCAAAUCCUCCGGCGAUCUCGAAACAAUAGGCCGAUAUGAUUUUGAUUGCCAAUUGAAAAGCACCAUGAUCGCACACCCCAAGAUUGAUCCCACCUCCGGCGAGCUCUUCGCUUUAAGCUACGACGUCGUUCAAAAACCAUAUCUCAAGUACUUCAAGUUCUUCACCGAUGGAAAGAAAUCACCGGACGUCGAAAUUCCGUUGGAUGUUCCGACCAUGAUGCAUGAUUUUGCGAUCACUGAGAAUUACGUCGUAAUUCCCGAUCAGCAAGUGGUGUUCAAGCUUCAAGAAAUGAUCAAAGGUGGCUCCCCUGUGAUUUACGACAAGAAGAAGAAAUCAAGGUUUGGGAUUUUAUUAAAGAAUGCUAAAGAUGCUAAGGAUAUUUCAUGGGUGGAUUGCCCAGAAACCUUUUGUUUUCACUUAUGGAAUGCUUGGGAGGAGCCGGAGAAUGACGAAAUCGUCGUCAUUGGUUCUUGCAUGACUCCACCGGACUCAAUCUUUAACGAAUGCGACGAAAAUUUGAAGAGUGUUUUGUCGGAAAUCCGCCUAAAUUUGAAGACUGGUGAAUCGAAAAGACUGCCUAUCAUUCAAUCCUCCGAACAGAUUAACCUAGAAGCCGGUAUGGUGAACCGAAACCGGCUUGGUCGGAAAACCAAGUACGCAUAUCUAGCAAUUGCGGAACCAUGGCCUAAAGUUUCAGGAUUCGCCAAAGUCGACCUCUCGACCGGAGAAGUUAAAAAAUUCAUCUAUGGUGAUUGUCAAUACGGGGGCGAACCGUUCUUCGUACCAAGGGAUUUGACUUCUGACAGUGACAGUGAAGACGACGGGUAUAUUCUUGCAUUCGUGCACAACGAAAAGACAUGGAAAUCUGAGUUGCAGAUCAUAAAUGCUAUGACUUUACAAUCUGAAACCUCAGUAAAGCUUCCAUCAAGAGUCCCAUACGGGUUCCAUGGGACAUUCAUAAGUUCAAAAGACUUGGAAAAUCAAGUGUAG